UUCAAACUGCAUUAAUAACCACAAAUUGUGGCUCAGGCACGAAGUCUUGAAUGCCAAUAUGAUAGGCAGGGAAAUCCAUAGCCAUUCUACCGAAAAGGCAAAACAAAUCAUCAACAAUUGACCCCUUUUCCGUCUCAAUGUAGCAUGAUGAGGUGCAUCACGCGUGGCCAGCACCAUUCACCGAUCAGGCAGCGGCUCAUUUUUCAGGAAUCUAUGAACUCUUGGAACUCUUCGAUUCUCCACUAUAUUCCGUAUUAUGAGGAAAUCAAAUAAGAUAUAAUCAAAUUGCUGUUAUUUUCUAUCAACAAAAAAAAUUCCUAUUCAAUUUUGCCCUCAGUAGAAUCCUUUUGCCAAUUUUCCAGUCUCAACAUGCCAGUAAAUGAAGAGCCCACUUUGUCAAACAAUGGGCCUUCAACUUGCAACCUACCACUUUCCAAGAAAAAGCGCUUGCACUGGUGGCUCUUACUGGCUCUUAACAUAAUUUUUCUACUUGUUGGUCAAGCUGCUGCUGUCCUUUUGGGAAGAUUUUAUUACGACAAAGGUGGAAAUAGUAAAUGGAUGGCCACCCUAGUUCAAACAGCUGCUUUCCCUAUCCUUUCUAUUCCAUACUUUUUUCUCCGAUCCUCAGAUGACUCUUCAAAUGAGUCAAACCCUCCUAUUCUUACCAUAUCUGUAAUCUAUGUUGUCAUUGGAAGUGUCAUUGCUGGAGACAACAUGCUGUAUUCUGUUGGGCUAUUAUACCUGUCUGCCUCUACUUAUUCACUCAUUUGCGCCACACAGUUGGCCUUCAAUGCGAUUUCCUCUUACUUCAUCAAUCGCCAAAAGUUCACUGCUUUAAUUUUUAAUUCUGUUGUUAUUCUUUCAUUAUCUGCUUCUCUCAUUGCAGUCAAUGAUGAUUCAGAUAAACCUUCAGGAGUCCCUAAAGGAAAAUAUCUCCAGGGGAUUCUAGCCACUCUUGCAGCUUCUGCUCUGUACUCUGUUUUGCUUUCCCUCAUGCAGUUAACAUUCCAGAAGGUUCUAAAGAAGGAAACAUUUUCCGUGGUUCUGGAAAUGCAAAUUUAUACAUCAGCUAUGGCUACUUGUGUUUCCAUUGCAGGCCUUUUCAUAAGCGGAGAAUGGAAGGCUUUACGGGGAGAAAUGGAUGGUUUCACCCCCGGAAAACUUUCUUACGUCAUGACUUUGGUUUGGACAGCCGUAGCAUGGCAACUUUGUGCUGUCGGUGUUGUAGGUUUGAUCUUUGUAGUUUCCUCUCUUUUCUCCAACGUUAUUAGUACUCUUUCCUUGGCCAUUACUCCUAUUGCUUCUCUUAUCGUCUUCCAUGACAAGAUGAAUGGUGUGAAAAUAAUAGCGAUGCUUAUGGCAUUUUGGGGUUUUGCUUCUUACUUAUAUCAGAACUAUCUUGAUGAUGUUAAGGCAAGGAAAACUCAAGCUGACGGUAAUGAUGCCUCUACCAGUUCUCGUUGCUGAUAAUAUUAAUAGGCGGAUCGGUCCAAAAGUUUUGCGUUUAGAUUAUUAUUUUCUCUCAUUGUGAACGCUUUCUUCUUGGUUAUAUAUACUACAUACGAUUUUGUUCUUCUUUUCUUAUUUAUUUUUAUUUUUUUUUAAACCCCACUGAAGCUAUAUGUGAAUCAUGUGGAAGUCUAAAUUUCAAUAGGAUAUUGUUUGAUAAACAUAAUGAAUGCUUUUAGUUUCGU